CAGUGUCAUUGUUCGGCUCCUCGCGCUCCGGCUGGUGCUCUCGUGCUGCUGCUGCUGCUGCUGCUGCUGCUGCGCGCGAUCGCGAGGCGAGCCGGUUACGCGGCGGGUUUGGCGGGUAGCGCGUGAGCUCGCGUGCGCUCUCCUUCGACUGCGAGAGAAAACUUAAUAUUUCGCGAUUUUCGUUUUGGUUUUUUUUUUGUUCGCCCCCCCUCCCCCCGAAACGCCGGGCCACAAGCCCACAAAGUAAGUGAGCGGAGGUUGUUCGUCGGUCGCGAAGCGCUGGACAGAGAUUCUGCGGUCGCGGAAGGAGGACCGUCCAAGAUGCUGUGGUGUCUGCUGGCCUUGUGGGCUAUGCUCCUACAUGCAGAGGGCCGCCGUGCUGAUCCGCUCCUCAGAAAUAACAACAAUGGACAUUCCCUGGACAAUGACAAAUGGCUGAGCACCGUGUCCCAGUACGACAAGGACAGAUACUGGAACAAGUUUCGAGAUGAAGUUGAGGAUGACUACUUCAGGACCUGGAGUCCCAGCAAACCACUUGACCAAGGUUUGGAUGCAACUAAAGAUCCUUGCAUGAAGGUUCGCUGCCCCCCUCACAAAGUAUGUGUCACCCAUGACUACCAGACGGCCAUCUGCACCAAUCAUAGACAGCAGCCGCACAGCAUGCCACCUGUCAGGGCCGGUGUGACCCACAAACGCUGGAUGGGAGCCAGCAUCCACAGCAAGUGUCUCCCCUGCCCAGUGCUCCACCCAAGCCCAGUGUGUGGCUCAGACGGGCACACCUACUCCUCUAAGUGUAAACUGGAGUUCCAGGCGUGCACCUCUGGAAAGAGCCUUCACCUGAAGUGUGAGGGGCCAUGUCCCUGUCUGCCAGGGCGGGAGGCCAUGAAGUCCAAGGUCGAGAAGCCUGUCUGCAGUGAUCAAGAGCUGAGGAGUCUGGCCUCCAGACUGAAAGACUGGUUUGGUGUCCUCCACCUUGAUGCCAACAGGGACCUGAAGACUGCUGUCACCUCAGAUGCUGGGCAAGGCCGAUUUGACACCAGCAUCUUGCCUAUCUGUAAAGACUCGCUCGGCUGGAUGUUCAACAAACUGGACAUGAAUUACGACCUACUUCUGGACCCUACGGAGCUGAGUGCCAUCUACCUGGAUAAGCAGGAGCUGUGCCUCAAGCCUCUUUUCAACUCCUGUGACUCUUUCAAGGACGGCAAGCUAUCCAACAACGAGUGGUGCUACUGCUUUCAAAAACCGGAUGGCCUCCCAUGUCAAAAUGAGAUGAACAGGAUCCAGAGCCAGGGCAGAAGGAAGUCUCUUAUAGGUGCAUUCAUCCCCAGGUGCAAUGAGGACGGCUACUUCAAGCCCACUCAGUGUCACGGCAGCACAGGGCAGUGCUGGUGUGUGGACAAGUAUGGCAAUGAGAUCGCUGGCUCCAGGAAGCAGGGCAACCCUACCUGUGAGGAAGACCAGGAGAGUUCUGGGGACUUUGGCAGCGGCGGGGCUGUAGUCCUGCUCGAUGACCAGGAAGAUGAGCAAUCCACAGUGCCAGGGGGCCAUGUCCGCCCCCGGGGGGCCAUUGACGACGAUGAGGAUGAGGAGGAUGAGAAAGAUGACGAGAUGGGCUAUAUCUGGUAGCUCCAACCGCUGACAACCACCCCACCCUCCUGGACCCCCUUCUUUUAAUCGCACAGACCUGAAGCCAUUCCACUCACACCUUUAUCCUUUAUGCUGCCCUUCCUCCUCCCCUAUCACCAUUUUCCCUCUCUCUCCUGCCCUCUCAACUCCACUUUCUAAGGAAGAACACGUUACAACAGAGACUCACCUGUUAUUUUAGAAUACUACAACAUGCCAACAACCCCACUUCCAAUUUCCGCUGCUACUCCAAAAACCUGAACAGCCCCCUCCUCAUCCCAUUCUUCCUUAAGCUUCUUCAUUUAAUGUGUUCACAGGCGCUGGGUGUACAUACCUGGGCGAAGGCCAGCAGGGUUAUGUGUCACGUUCUAUUCUUCAUGCGGAGAGCUGUUGUUGGGCUGUCCCAGGCUAGGGGUGACUUGAUCAGUCAGUGUACACACCUGGCCGCUGGGCUAAAGGGGUGAGCCACACCGUAGCCCAGGACCUGGAGUCUGUACUGCUCCACAGUGAAGCCCUCUGUCUGUAAUCAUGGCAAAUUUACUGUCGCAGAGUGUGUGUCACAGUCUAUGAAAUACAGUUCUUAUCUGUCCUUUGCUUUGUGUCUACUUAACAAAUUAACUGAAUUCUGGGGUUUGUAAAAUAUAAAGUAAAAAAAUAUUCAUAUAUGAAAUCCUUUACACUGGAAACUGUACCCCAGCUUUUUCCCCCAAGAAAAAGUUUUUAUUACAUGUCAUUCUGAUAUGGCUGAUUGUAUGUAAGUCUUGUCUUCACUGUGCAUUUUUAGGGUUCUUGUUUCAGGAUGUUUGCAUAUUCUCUUGCUGAAAGGAGAGUGAUGGUUUCUGUUCUCUCCCAGUGUCAGUUCUUGGUCUUUCUUUCUUUUGGACUCCUAAGUCUCCUUCUUAUUACCAGCUACCAUGUUCUUGGACUCUUGUGCAUGCAAUGCUUUCUAUCGCCAGCUCACACCUGUUGUCCACUCAAGACUUAGUCACAGGUCUACGCCAUUUCCAGUACCUGCUUCUGGUCAACAUCUAUAGCCGGUUUGUUUUGGUCGUCUGAAGGAGGUCAGUGAACUUUGUUCCCAUAGUCUGAUGAUACAGCAUGCUCUCUUUUGGCCAACUCUCCUUUAUAAUUUUGGUAAAUCACAUGCAGUAAACAUUUUUGCCCUCUCAGAUGUAGCAACUCUCAACUCUCAUGUUACUCGACUCUUAUGUUCCCAAAGUGAAAUCAGUUACACUGAUUGUUUCUGGCCACAGAAGGCAAACCACAGGUUGUAUAUAACCUCCACCAUAUAUUUAUCUCUGUUUAGCCUAUAGGCUAUGUUUAAGUAUUCACCUCUGAAUGAAUCUCUUUUCUCUAUAAUGUCUGAUAUUAUUAGUAACUGGUUUUGGAUCUGUUCAGAUUGCCAGGGGACAUAUUUAUGUUUGUGAAAUAUUUCUGAGGAUCUUUAAAUAAUUAUCUAAUAAUCCUAAAUUUACACAUUACAUUUAUAGUUUAUCUAUGUGCACUGAAGGACUUUUACUUUCUCACUAUAUUGACCCUCGAAUGUUUUUGUAUUAUAAUAAAUGUGUGAUUUGGGCAUUACACAGAGAACCUGAAUAAACACAAAUGGUUACAGAUUAAAUAUUUUACUAAAAUGUCGAAAUUUCAGAUCCAAACCUUAGCCAGAAUCCUUUCAUAAUGAAAAAAUAUACAAGUGAAUGAACAUCAUCAUUUUUUUUGUCAGUGUAUAUUCUUAUUUAGUCCCUGGUCAAUAUUAUUAAGAGCAGAUAUGUUUUCUGUGGAAUUCUGGGUCUUGCAACAAAAAUAAUGUUAUUACGAAAGCUCACCACAAAAAAUUUCUUUCCGUAGUUGGUUAUGCAAUUCUGCGUCAAGGUGUAGGACUUUAUCAUUUCCCUGUAAGCAUCACUUUAGAGUUUAAACCUCAGUUUACUAAUCCUUCAGCAAGAUUAUAUUGGAAGAUCUCCAAGCAAGAUCAUAUUGCAAAAGGUGCUUCUUAGAUUUAUGUUUUAUGUAACUUUGGUAUAACUAACAUCCAGUACUUUACACGUUCCCAAGAUUGUUACUGAUUAGACAAUGUUCUAACAGAUAGGCGAUAAGCUGAUAUGGCAAAGUGAAGUAAACACAGGCAGGCUCUUUAUAAACAUAAGGUUUCGCUAUAAAGUGAUAAUCUGCUACUCAGCCAAUGAAAGGGAUUUAUGUUCACUUUCUAAUCUCUUUUUACAGGAGGACUGGAGUAUGAUAUACAACAAGUCUUAUUUAGAUCAGCUGUUAAUAGUUUACAUAUUCCAGAACUUUCCAAAAGCUAUGAUAUACACUUUCAGGAAGUGAAAUGUUUCAUUUUUGCAGAGUAAGAUUUAAAUUUGCAAUUUGUGUCUUGCUUGAUUAACAUAUUUAUUUUAGUCCAUUUGCUGUAAGUCAGAAAUAGCUUGUGCAUGCUGUCAACCAAGCCAUAGUUUGUUUUUUUUUCUCUCUGUGCUUGGUAAAUUAGCCCCUGAGAGACAGCUGAAAGAGCAAUCUUUUCAUACACUGGCUUGUGUCCUGACUAGCAAGGAGGCUACAGGACUCCAUGACUGUCAGUCACUAUUUUACACCUGUUAGUGAAGAAGCUGUGUGUUUCAUCAAACUGAGAGAUAGAGGUGAUUCCAUGAAAUUAUUCUUACUUUCUUUAAAAAAAUUAUCAUAGAGCACAAAGAGUAUAUACCAAUAAAUAUAGCUAUUGUUUCCUUGCAGACAACUAGCUGUCUUGUAUAUUUAGUUACAAAUUAUCUUUUAGGUGGACACCUAGCUGCCAUAACCAUUAAUCCCUAAACCAGACACACAUUGACUGAAACCACUUGUCCCAAGCAGGGUUGCAGCAAGCCAGUGCCUAAGCUGGCAAC